AUGUGUCGAGGGCUCGGCAUCACCAAUGCAUAUUCUUCACCUCAGCACUCGCAGUCUAACGGCCAGGUGGAAGCAGUCAACAAGGUCAUCAAACACCACCUUAAAAUAAAAUUGGAGAAAGUAAAAGGUAACUGGGCCGAGGAGCUCCCAUUCGUCCUCUGGGCUAACAGGAUUACGGCUCAGUCAUUUAGUAGGGAAACCCCAUUCUCACUUUCCUAUAGUUUGGAGGCAAUGGUGCCAGUCAAGAUUGGUAUCCCAAUGGCUUGGGUCAAAAAUUACCAAGAGAACCAGAACGACGAGCAGAUAGCAGCAAACCUAGACCUACUUGAGAGGCCAAGGAAGUCUCCAGAUUCCGAGCCGCCACUCGACAUCAACAGGUGGCACGAUUCUACAAUUCUAAAGUUAAGACGAGGCGAUUUCGUCUAG